CACACACUAGGCGUGCAAGAAAAAUGCAGUAGCACAGUGGCACUUGCACCCAUGCGCACCAUGCAGCAAUGCCAAACAUUGAGGUGAUUCAUGCCGAUGAGACCACCUUACAAUUGCUUCGAGGUCCUAAGACCCAGGAAGUGGAGGUCUCGCCGCUGGAGGUGAACUUUUCCCAGCACGUGAUCUAUCCCUUAUUUUCCGACGGCACGUCUGUGGAUGAGACCGUGAGGGAAGUGACCGCAGUGGAGUCGUUUGAUGAGGAGAUCUAUUGGCUCAAAGCGCCUUUCCCACCAAUUCAGGCGGUGCGUUGGUGUCCCAAGCUUCGUGAUGGGGAAGGGAAGCCUGUCUUGGAUGAGAACGGGGAAGAGCGCCGAGGGGUGGAGGGGCUCUUCACCUUGGACAAUCGACGUCUCUAUGUGCUCCAGCGUGCAGCAGUCUACCAGUACCCCAGGAAGUGCAAGAUCACCGUGGAGGUUGUGACUGACCGGUGGGAGGUUCUUAACCAUUUGAAGAAGUUUCGUACUCGCACCAAUGGCCUUUCGAUCUUUGUCUCGGAAUGGAAUGGCACGGGCCGCGACAACACCAAGCACUUUGACGUGCUGCGUGUCUGGGACUGGAGGUCGGCUGUUUCAAAGCUGGAAGAAGGGCCAGCCGAACAAGAACAGGCUGCCGAUGCGGGAAAUUGCGGCUGCUGGGAGUAUUUGGACCCACGCAAGCUGUGCCGAGGGCCCUACAGCAAUUGGCAAAUGCAGCAAUGGUGGGACCAUGGGAUGCUGCCGCGCGACUUGCAGAUCCGCCCCUUUCGGCCAAAGACAGGUGAUGCUGGAGAGGAAGGCGGUCGAAGCGGUGCAUAACACAAAUCUUGAUUGCUUGCCUGCUUGCUUGCCAAUGGACCAGGCGGUUUCCAAGCAGAGUUCAGGCGCAGAACUUCGUUUCCUGAGCGUUUCCUGAGGGUUUUCUCGAAGCAUCCCCUCUUUUUGGGGGGUUCCAAAGGAGACUCAAAAGGGUGAACCGAUCAUCGGAUUUUUCCACCGGUUUUUCCGAAAACCAAAAGAAACGCUUCAUCGCUUCACCCCCUUUGUCGAGCAGGCCGGUGUUGGAGGUCUUUGCCGACGCCCCAAAGCCCUUCGAUCCAGGUUGGUCUCCCACCUUGGCACUCAAGGACGAUGUCUUCUAUCGCUGCGCUCAGUGCCGGCGCCAGCGUUUGGACGGCUGGAGCGCCCGAGGGCAAUGGCCUGAAACUCGAGGGGCUUGGUGGUGUGGGCUCUGGUGUUGGUAUAGACCACGGCAAAAGAAAAGGAACAGGAUCAGAGUGGGAAGAGUUGAAGAUCGGACAUCAGUCAUCAUUGUCAUCAUGUCAUGAUAGCCUGGCGGAAAAGGGUUAGUUCAUUCAUGUUGGUUCUUCUUUUGGUUAACUUCCCUUUUUGCCAAACCGAAGCUCGGUCCGCAGUGGCUGGUUCCAAGAACGGCCACGAACAAUGGCAAGGUACUGCUCCAACUGCUGGCGGAGAUGGGACACGAACGCGUGAGCCGUGAGCCGAAUGCCCAUUUGGUAACAUGCCAAACAGGUGGAAUGCGAAG